AUGAAUGGAUAUCAACUGAGAGAGAGAGAGAUCAGAAGGGUAGUGCGUGUCGUUUUUCGAGGUACUUCGCGAUUUGAGCUCAAAUGUCUCAGAGAUGUAGAUCUCAAUAUUCAAGAGAAGGUUGGAAACCUUCUGACUAAGAAAAAAAAGGGGACUCCGACCUGGAUACAACUCGCUAAUGAGUAUACUAUGGAAGAUCAUCAUAUAGAUUCUAUGCAACACAGCCAAGAGACAGCCGGAAAAGCAGUAAUCGAGUUCCUAGCAACGUCAAACCCGAAACUCACUGUGUAUGAUUUUUGCAAGAAACUUAAAGAAAAAGACAUACGGCGUUUGGACAUUGUUCAAGUAUUGUCAGCUCAUCUUUCGGCUCCAAUUUCAUGCGGGAACCUUGUUAUAUUCAUUUCCGAUUUUAGGACCAGUAUUUAUGACAUGGCGGAAGAAGCCUUAGGAUCAACAGGUCCUAAAGCAAAUUUUCAUCGCCUGACGCGAUUACUGAUGCGUGGAGGUGUGAAUCUUUUCCGGGAGACAUUUGACUCCAUUCACUCACCAGCUGAUCUCCCUUUGAGACUCGCUGAUCCUGCCAUACAGGUACAGCUGAGAGGUGCAAGACUUACCCAGCCAGAGAGGGCUUUUCUGUACCCAUCCCCAGGGAUGUAUGGAAAGUCCAACGAUUUUGACAUUACAUUAAUCUUCAAGUUACUCAGGACAAUAUGCAACCUGACCCCUCCCCCUGGACCGAGAGGAUGGGAUGAUUUACCGAACGGCUCCGACCACACUUUGGUGGCAGAUUUAGUGCGAAUAAAAUACUAUCGAAAUGAGAUUCAUGGUCACCGUCACAGCAUGGAAAUAUCUGACACUGAGUUUCUUCGUCUCUGGAAGGAAAUUAGUGAAGCUCUGUUACGAAUUGCGGCAAAUAUUAGUCCUGCAAAGAGAGAUGAAUGGAAGAAGUGCAUUGACGAUCUUCUUGGUAAACCUUUGACGCCAGAUGAAGAAAUAUGUAUUAAAGAGCUAGAGACCUGGUAUAUGCAAGAUCUGGAAACUAAAAAUGAAGUGGUACAGCUGAAAGAGAAAGCGGAAUUUCUAACAACUCUGGUUUUGGGUCAGUAAAAGAGUAAAUUUAAGUCCCCAUCAGACAAAAAUAAGGAAACCUUUUCCUCAGU